AACGAUGGCUGUAUGGGCUAGAUCCCUUUGCUUUCCUUAUGGAUAUUAAACCAAAAAAGAAGCUUAAAAAUUCCGUGACGUGAAUUGAAUGUCAAGGUUUUCCCAUCCAUCUCCAAUUCCAGUUUUGUCAGUUUUUCUUGAGAUCUUUAGUUGAGUAACAGUGUCGCAAUGUUGUGAAAACCUUAAAAUUAUAUAAUUAUUUUAUUUGUCCAUAAAAGUAACUCUAAUAAUGUCGAAAACACAGCAAGUAUUUGACUAUUCUGAAGAAUCUCAAGCUGAAAAAUUUGCCAGGAAGUCAAAAGAUUCACCUUUUAUGAUAGUUGGUAUUUUGGGAUUAAUUGGAGUUUGUGGCUUUGGUGCAUACAAAUACAAACACAGAGGCAACAUGAGUACCAGUGUGUUCCUUAUGCAACUUCGAGUUGCUGCACAAGGCACCGUAGUGACAGCUCUUACUAUAGGCUUGGCAUACACAUUAGCUAAGGAGCAUCUAUUUAAGGAUAAGAAAGAGAAAUAACUUACCUUUAUGGUAAAAUGGCUACCACUUGUAAAUGUUAGGGCAAUUGUUGUACUAAAAUUCCUGUAACAAUACUGAAAUUCUUGAAUUUGUGGACCAUUUUUUUCAUGGAGCUAUGUAUGCUCCAGUUCAGUAAUAUGUGCUUAAUUUUUAUUUUAUGCAAUUGACACUAUUAGACACACUAUUUUAACUUUCAUGGUUUUUUAAAUUAUAAUGAUUUUGUCCUAAUUGGAAUAAGCUGGGAGCUAGGUACCAUAUUAGUAAUUUUUUGGCUCUUAAUCAUCAUUUCACAGUAUUGUUUACAAACAGCGACCAAAUUCAAACUUAUUUUUGUAAUCUCAAAAUAGAAUCUACUAAUGUUCAACUAUUUGUCUGUUUUAUGUGAAGCAAGCUGAGUUUGUAGUGGUGCUAAUAUUUUUUAUAUACAUACAUGGACUGGACAUGCUUAGACUCAAUAAAACAAUCAUGUAUGCAGUCAAGCAUCAAAAGUCCAGUACUACAUGACAUUGAAAUAAUUUAUAAUCACAAAUUAAAAAUUAUCUUCAUAUGUAUGUACUCAUUUAAAUCUACUUGCACCACUAUAUAACCUCACAUAUAGUUUAUUCCUCUGGGAUAGAAUAAGUAAUUUAUUUAUUUAUUUAGUUAGAUAAGGGUACUAUUUUGUAUUCUGUGAUGUUUAGCAUGUAAUAACAAGACAUGUAUGACAUGUAAAAUUAUAAAAUCAAUUAAAAACCAUAUAAGAGAGAACUGGAAUACAACAGAUGUAAAGCUUCAUGAUGACAAAAAGUCUUAGAGUUCAAUUGAAAUCCAAUUUUAGUCUUAUUUAUACACAUGUAUAAAAUACUAUCUAUGAAUUGCAUUAUUCUAUGAACCUUUUAUAGGAUGUCUACUAAUUCUAGGGUUUGGCCACAAAUUAAAUAAAAAAUUGAUUUGUGCUGAACAUUAGAAUUGAUUAUUUCUUAAUUUGUUUUUGGGCUGUCUUCAUCUAGUUUAUUUAUUAUUAUUAUAACUAGUUUUCACUAGUUGGAUGUUAUCAAAAUAAACAGAAACACAUUGUACUUAUUCCAACGUUUUUAUGUGGCCAACAAACCAACAAUUAAGUUGAUUUUCCAUCCAUCUUAAUUUGUUUUUGGGCUGUCUUCAUCUAGUUUAUUUAUUAUUAUUAUAACUAGUUUUCACUAGUUGGAUAUUAUCAAAAUAAACAGAAACACAUUGUACUUAUUCCAACGUUUUUAUGUGACCAACAAACCAACAAUUAAGUUGAGUUUCCAUCUGGAAACCACAAAUUGAAAUAAGUAUUCCAUUUUGAGUACAUAAUGUGUGAGUAUGUUUCCUUAAUAUUUGUUAUCCAUUAUCUGUGUAAAAUAAAAAUUAAUAAAUAGUUAAAUCUUUAAUAUUGUGAUACAGUGACAACCUAUUCAUAUUAAUGUGUAGUGAUGGUUUAGUGAAAGCAAAUAAAUAUUGUCGUUUAAAA